GUAAUGAGCCUCUCCCCUGCACCUUUGUCACUGCUAAUCAAGGCAGCUCCUAUCCUCACAGAAGAGAUGUAUGGGGACAUCCAGCCAGCAGCGUGGGAGCUCCUGCUCAGUGUGGAUGAGCACAUGGCUGGAGCAGCAGCUGCCAUGUUCCUGCUGUGUGCCGUGAAAGUGCCAGAGGCCGUUUCUGACAUGCUCAUGUCCGAGUUUCAUCAUCCAGAGACGGUGCAAAGACUGAAUGCCAUUCUCAAAUUUCACACGCUCUGGAGGUUUAGGUAUCAAGUCUGGCCAAGGAUGGAAGAAGGAGCACAGCAGAUCUUUAAGAUCCCUCCUCCAAGUAUAAACUUCACUCUGCCUUCUCCUGUCCUGGGGAUGCCAUCUGUACCAAUGUUUGACCCGCCCUGGGUCCCUCAGUGCAGCGGGAGUGUGCAAGAUCCUAUAAAUGAAGAUCAGUCGAAGUCAUUUUCAGCCAGAGCUGUGUCGCGUUCCCAUCAGCGAGCGGAGCACAUCCUGAAGAACCUGCAGCAGGAGGAAGAGAAGAAGCGCCUGGGCCGAGAAGCCAGUCUCAUCACUGCCAUACCCAUCACUCAGGAGGCCUGCUACGAGCCAACCUGUACACCAAGCUCAGAGCAAGAAGAAGAAGUAGAAGAAGUUGCCAACCUGGCCUCCCGCCGUCUCUCUGUGAGUCCUUCCUGCACCUCCAGUACAUCUCAUAGGAACUACUCUUUCCGCCGAGGCUCUGUCUGGUCAGUGCGGUCAGCAGUCAGUGCAGAAGAUGAAGAACAUACUACAGAGCAUACUCCAAACCACCAUGUGCCACAGCCACCUCAAGCUGUCUUUCCAGCGUGCAUCUGUGCAGCAGUGCUCCCCAUUGUCCAUUUGAUGGAAGAUGGAGAAGUCCGGGAGGAUGGAGUAGCUGUAAGUGCUGUUGCUCAGCAGGUCCUGUGGAACUGCUUAAUUGAAGACCCCUCUACAGUUCUGCGCCAUUUCCUUGAGAAGCUCACCAUCAGCAACCGGCAGGAUGAGCUGAUGUAUAUGUUAAGGAAGCUUUUGUUGAACAUUGGAGACUUCCCUGCCCAGACAUCUCAUAUUCUCUUUAACUACUUGGUAGGACUGAUCAUGUAUUUUGUACGCACUCCAUGUGAGUGGGGCAUGGAUGCCAUUUCUGCCACACUUACCUUCCUUUGGGAAGUGGUGGGUUAUGUAGAAGGACUCUUCUUCAAGGAUCUCAAACAGACUAUGAAGAAGGAACAAUGUGAAGUGAAGCUGCUGGUGACUGCCUCAAUGCCAGGCACAAAAACGCUUGUCGUGCAUGGACAGAAUGAGUGUGACAUCCCAACUCAGUUACCAGUCCAUGAGGACACACAGUUUGAGGCUCUUCUGAAGGAGUGUUUGGAGUUUUUUAACAUACCCGAAACACAGUCUUCUCAUUACUUUUUAAUGGAUAAGCGAUGGAAUCUUAUUCAUUACAACAAGACCUACGUCCGUGACAUUUAUCCUUUCCGGAGGUCAGUUUCUCCCCAGCUCAACCUGGUACAGAUGCAUCCAGAAAAGGGUCAAGAGCUCAUUCAGAAGCAGGUGUUCACCCGCAAGCUGGAAGAGGUGGGUCGGGUGUUGUUCCUCAUAUCACUGACACAGAAAAUCCCUACUGCCCACAAGCAGUCCCAUGUAUCUAUGCUCCAGGAGGACCUCCUCCGCUUGCCUUCAUUUCCCCGAAGUGCCAUUGAUGCCGAGUUCUCACUCUUCAGUGAUCCCCAAGCUGGGAAAGAACUCUUUGGUCUGGACACUCUUCAGAAAAGCUUGUGGAUUAAGCUGCUGGAGGAGAUGUUCCUUGGCAUGCCCAGUGAGUUCCCCUGGGGGGAUGAGAUCAUGCUGUUCUUGAACGUCUUCAACGGUGCCCUGAUCCUGCACCCUGAAGACAGUGCCUUGUUGAGGCAGUACGCUGCCACAGUCAUCAACACAGCUGUGCACUUCAACCACCUCUUCUCCCUCAGCGGGUACCAGUGGGUCCUCCCCAGCAUGUUGCAGGUGUACGCUGACUACGAAAGCAACCCCCAGUUACGCCAAGCGAUGGAGUUUGCGUGCCGCCAGUUCUAUGUUCUGCAUCGCAAGCCUUUUAUUCUGCAGCUGUUUGCGAGCGUGGCCCCUCUCCUGGAGUUCCCUGAUGCUACAAACAAUGGAACCAGCAAAGGCGUGUCAGCUCAGUGCCUGUUUGACCUGCUGCAGUCCUUAGAGGGAGACACUCCAGACAUUUUGGACAUCUUAGAGCUGGUGAAAGCAGAAAAACCUCUCAAGUCAUUAGAUUUCUGCUAUGGGAAUGAAGACUUGACCUUUUCGAUCAGUGAAGCCAUCAAGCUGUGUGUGACAGUGGUGGCCUAUGCUCCUGAAUCAUUCAGAAGCCUCCAGAUGCUGAUGGUCUUGGAAGCGCUGGUUCCCUGUUACUUGCAGAAGCUGAAGCGACAGACCUCUCAGGCGGAGACUGCGACGGCAGCUCGUGAGGAGAUCGCUGCUAUGGCUGCCCUUGCCACCUCUCUGCAGGCCCUCCUGUACAGCGUGGAAGUCCUCACCAGGCCUAUGACAGCCCCACAGAUGAGUCGAUGUGACCAGGGCCACAAAGGGACCACGACAGCAAACCACACCAUGUCAGCAGGCGUCAACACCAGGUAUCCAGAACAAGGAGCCAAACUGCACUUUAUCAGGGAGAACCUUCACUUACUGGAGGAGGGCCAGGGUCUUCCCCGAGAAGAGCUGGAUGAACGAAUUGCCAGAGAGGAGUUCAGGAGACCGCGGGAGUCAUUGCUGAAUAUCUGCACAGAGUUUUACAAGCAUUGUGGUCCAAGGCUGAAGAUUCUGCAGAAUCUGGCUGGUGAACCUCGAGUGACUUCUCUAGAGCUGCUGGAUGUGAAGUCCCACAUGAGAUUGGCAGAAAUCGCACAUUCCCUGCUGAAACUGGCGCCUUACGACACGCAGACGAUGGAAAGCCGAGGUCUCCGGCGCUACAUCAUGGAGAUGCUGCCCAUCACUGACUGGACAGCCGAGGCGGUGAGACCUGCCCUGAUCCUCAUCUUAAAGAGAUUGGAUCGUAUGUUCAAUAAAAUUCACAAGAUGCCUACCCUGAGGCGCCAGGUUGAGUGGGAGCCUGCCAGCAGUUUGAUUGAAGGGGUUUGUUUGACACUUCAGAGGCAGCCUAUCAUAUCCUUCCUGCCUCACCUUAGGUCUCUGAUCAAUGUCUGUGUCAACCUGGUGAUGGGAGUGGUAGGACCCUCCAGUGUGGCUGACGGAUUACCCCUUCUUCAUCUCAGCCCUUAUCUCUCGCCACCUCUGCCCUUCAGCACAGCUGUUGUCCGGCUUGUAGCAUUGCAGAUACAGGCUUUGAAAGAAGAUUUCCCCCUAAGCCAUGUCGUCUCCCCAUUCACCAAUCAGGAAAGAAGGGAAGGAAUGCUUUUAAACCUACUGAUUCCAUUUGUGCUCACAGUAGGAUCUGGAAGCAAAGACAGUCCCUGGCUGGAGCAGCCUGAGGUCCUGCUGCUGCUCCAGACUGUUAUCAAUAUCCUUCUGCCACCUCGCAUCAUCAGCACUUCCCGCAGCAAGAAUUUUAUGCUGGAGAGCUCCCCCGCCCAUUGCUCCACCCCAGGGGAUGCGGGGAAGGACCUGCGGCGGGAAGGGCUCGCAGAGUCCACCAGCCAGGCUGCCUACCUGGCCCUGAAGGUGAUCCUUGUUUGCUUUGAACGCCAACUGGACAGCCAGUGGUACUGGCUGAGCCUGCAAGUCAAAGAGAUGGCCCUGCGGAAGGUGGGAGGGCUGGCCCUGUGGGAUUUCCUCGACUUUAUCGUGCGAACACGGAUCCCUAUCUUUGUGCUCCUUCGGCCCUUCAUCCAGUGCAAGCUGCUGGCCCAGCCGGCCGAGAACCACGAGGAGCUGACGGCCCGACAGCACAUCGCCGACCAGCUGGAGAGACGGUUCAUCCCGCGCCCGCUCUGCAAGAGCUCCCUCAUCGCCGAGUUCAACAACGAGCUGAAGAUCCUGAAGGAAGCAGUGCAUAGCGGGUCUGCUUACCAAGGGAAGACAUCUGUCAGCACCGUGGGCACCUCCACCUCCGCUUACCGCCUGAGCCUGGCCACCAUGUCCCGCUCCAACACCGGCACCGGCACCGUCUGGGAGCAGGACAGUGAGCCUUCCCAGCAGGCCUCGCAGGACACGCUGAGCCGCACGGAUGAGGAGGAUGAAGAAAAUGACUCUUUGAGCAUGCCCAGUGUGGUAAGUGAACAAGAAGCAUACCUUAUGGGUGCCAUUGGGAGGAGACGGUUCUCCAGCCAUCUCUCCAGCGUGUCUGCACCUCAGGCUGAGGUGGGCAUGUUACCCAGCCAAAGUGAACCUAAUGUCCUCGAUGACUCCCCGAGCCUGGCCACUGAGGGCAGCCUCUCUAGGGUGGCAAGCGUGCAGAGCGAGCCAGGGCAGCAGAACCUCCUUCUGCAGCAGCCCCUGGGGCGGAAGAGAGGCCUGCGGCAGCUUCGACGACCACUGCUGUCGCGUCAGAAGACUCAGACCGAGCCUCGGAGCCGUCACGGAGCUCGACUUUCCACCACGCGGCGCAGCAUCCAGCCCAAACCCAAACCUAGCGCGGAGCAGAAGCGGUCGGUGACUUUCACUGAAGCCCAGCCGGAGCCCACCGCCGCCUGCCCAGGGGACGCGCCGGCGCCAGCAGCCCCGCAGCAGGGCUGCAGCCGCAGCAGCCCCCAGGCCCCCGGCACGCAGGAGCCGCCCACGAAGCGGCAGGGCAGUUUGCGGGGAAGCGCCUGGCGCGUUGUCGUAGGGAACACUAGUGGAAUCUGGCGGAGCGAGGCACUUUCUACUGAGAAGGAGAAGGACAAAGAGGAGGGCUUGGAGUCCCGGCCAGCAACAGCACAAAGCACCCCCCCCACGCAGCUCUCUGACACCGAGGACUACGCUGGCCUCGAGACCACCAGCUUGCUGCAGCAUGGGGACACUGUCCUUCACAUCAGUGAGGACAACGGGAUGGAGAACCCCUUGCUGGCCACUCACUUCAGCUUCACGCACGUGGAGCUUGGGGAGACUGACGUUGAUCUAGAUGAAUCUCAUGUUUAA